GUGCUCGGGCUGUUUGAGAUGGAUAACGCGGAUUCUCCAGAAGCCGAGGCUGAUCAGCCUCCGUCCGUCGCGGUGCCAGAACCUCUUUUCAGAGAAGCCAAGCAAGAAACUGACGAAGAGGAACACAGCAAUUUAGGAGCUCUCAGGCAGGUGGAGCCCCGGAGGGGGGCUCCUCUCCCCCUCUACCCGGAAGAGGGCAGCUCGGAUGACGAAGGCCUGCUGGACCUGGUCUACGCCACCAACCUCGAGCUCCACAGCCGACGGCCUCCACGUCGGACCCGCCUCAUCCGGAUGCGCACCCACGAGCUCCAGGUGUCCGACGAGGAGUGCCUGACCCGCUUCCGGCUGGACCGCCAGGCCAUCCAGGAUCUGUGCACUCUCCUGGCCCCCUACCUGGACGGGGCCUCCGCGAGUCGCCGGCACAUCCCGACGUUACAGAAGGUCCUGAUAGCCCUGCAGGUCCUGGGCACCGGCUCCUUCCAGAGAAUGACAGGAGACAACCUGCGGGUGUCCCAAUCUUCCGUCAGCCGCUGCUUGGAUGCCUUCCUGGAGGCCAUGUUGCGCCACGUCCACGAGCACAUCACCUUUCCCACCACCGACUCGGAGCUGCGGCGGACCAGGGAAGCGUUCUUCGACAUCGCGGGCUUCCCCAACGUCAUUGGGAUUGUGGACUGCACCCAUGUGCCUAUCAUAGCCCCCGCAGACAUGCCGGCGCUGUACCGAAAUUGCCACAACUUCCACAGCCUCAAUGUGCAGGCCACUUGCGACGCCUCGGGUUGCUUCACCCACGUCUUGGCAAAGUUCCCCGGGAGCGUCCAUGACGCUCGGAUCUUCCAGCUCUCCCAGUUGCAAAGGCUGCUGGAGUCGUGGCCGGAAGGGAAGGGGUGGCUUCUGGGCGACUCUGGGUACCCUUUGCGCCCUUUCCUCAUGACCCCGCACCCCGACGACGGCCCCGAGCCCGUGGCGCGCUACAACGCCACCCACAAGACGACGCGGAUGGUGGUGGAGACGGCCUUCGGCCAGCUCAAGAUGCGGUUCCGCUGCCUUCACUCCACCGGGGGGCGCUUGAUGCUCCGCCCGGAGAAGGUGGCGAAGGUUUUUGUCGUCUGCGCCAUGCUUCACAACAUGGCCCUGAGGCGCCAGCUGCCUAUCCUCAAUGGAGGACAAGGGGUGGACACUGAGGUCCCCGUGCCUCCGUACCUGGAGACCGACAACAUGGUGGAGCAAGACCCUCAAGGCGCGGAAGUCCGGGAUCAGAUCAUUAGCACUUAUUUCUCGCAAUAAAUAC